AUGAGCACCGUCGCGCAUUCGGCCGAAUCGAGCUCGAUGGAGUCGCCAGCAAGGCCGGCUCGCAUUGGAAGCGCUCGCGACUCGGAAUUGUGCGCGACCGUCGACAUUCCGGUGAUCAGGCCGAACCAAAUCGACGAUUUGAACAAUAUCGCGCUAGGCCGCGGCACAUAUGGAAGUGUUGAGAAGACGAAAUAUCGAAAAUCGCUGGACGAGGAUUAUAUGUAUGCGGCAAUAAAAUAUGCGAAUAGUCAACAUCAUCGCGAAAAUUUGAUAAGGGAAGCGAAAAUUUUGACGCAAUUUCGAACGCAUCCAAAUGUAAUUAGUAUUUAUGGAAUUUAUGAUAGCCCGAAAUAUGGACCAUCGGUGGUUAUGGAGUAUAUGGAUUGCAAAAGUCUCGCCGCUUUGGUUUAUGAGUCGAAAAUCGAAUAUACCAUUGAUCAUGUGGCUUCUUGGAUGUAUCAGCUCGUCUCCGCCGUUGAUUACUUCCACUCAAACAAUCAGGUUCAUCGCGAUUUGAAACUUCAAAACAUGCUUUUGUCGAAUCGAUAUACCGUGAUGAAAAUCUGCGAUUUUGGAACAUUUCGAACGAUUGAGAGCUCGAUGACGGAUAAUCGCGGAACACCGCUGACAAUGGCGCCGGAGGUGUUCCAAGGCACCCACUACACGACAAAAUCGGACAUGUUCAGCGUCGGGAUCAUCAUGUGGCAGCUUUUGUCGCGAGAAAAACCCUACCCGGAUUAUACAGUGAUUUCCCUAUUAUGGAAUGUGGCUUCCGGAAAAACGCGACCGCCCGAACUCGAUUGCCAUUAUUUAUUGUCGGGAUUCUAUAAAAGAUGUUGGCAUCAGCAGCCCGAAAUUCGACCAACCAGCAAAGAAGCUUUGGAAUAUUUUCAAUUGCUCAAAAAUGAAUAUCCGAAUGGAACGAGACCGCUCAUCGAUGGGACGACGAAUCAGCCGGCGCGCACCCCGCAACCGCCAUCGAACUAUCGUCAGCGAUUCGAGAAAUCGAAUUAUUUGAGCGCCGCGAGGUCGCAUCGACGGACUGGAAGCGAUCAGACGGCGGGAAUUCGAGCAACUUGUCCGAAAAUCGAGGAGAACGCUGAAAGCGGCGGCGCUGCGGCAAUUCGAAACGGUCGAUCAAAAAGCAUCGCCGCCGGUCUCGCCGAGAUCGGCUUGCGAGUGUCGGCCGAGGCGAAGAGGAGCACAAAGAAGGCGCCGGAGUAUUUGGAGCUGUUCGCGCCGGCACAACCCGACGUUCGCGAUCCGGAAUCGAUGCGAAUUUUCAACGAGCACACGAAACUCUACGAGAAUCUUGUGCAAAUCGCGCACGUCAAACGUGAGGUUAUGGCGAAAAAACAUUUGAUGCAGAAAUCGCUGGCAGCCUAUGAGAGAAAGAAGCAGCUUCAUGAUCGAAUUAAGCAACUCCGAUCGCUCAUCGCUGCCGUCGACAAUUGA